AAUAACUUUCCUCUAAUAAGCGCAGCUCACUAACAAUUACGGUAAUUAGACCCAGUAAGCGCAAACGCGCCUGGCCUCUAACAUGCGUCGGGUCUGGAACUCCGUUGAAAAGCCCUGGGCGCUUAUUGGAGGAAAUACCGUAAGUGACAAUUGUAUUAUUAUUGAAUUAACACCAACAGCCUAAACAAAGUGGUUGAGAGUAUGACUCAAAGGCUUUGAUGAUGGGACCUAUGUCGGCUGUGUGCGCUGUUCUCUCAGUUCUUCUGCUGCAGUGUAUCUCAACUCAAGCCGAUGCACACAACAACACAGUGAAUGUGACAACGUUGGAGUGUCCAUUGGAUGUGCCGGUAGGGUACAGGAUGAGGGGAAGUUUGAAGUACAACCAGUCAGUGUAUUUCACCUGCCAAGGAUGCAAUGGACAAGACACCUGGGGAGACUCAGAGUGUAAACAUGACGGCACCCGGGAUGAAAUUACAUUACCAAACUGUUCAGUGUCCUGUCUGAACAGUGAAAAGUCGUGUCCAACAGAGAGGUCAGGGAACUGUUUGUUCUGGCCCUCCUCGAUGUGGGAGAUAUGUGGACGGACUUGUGAUACGCCAGCCCUCUGUCACAGAGAAUCCGGAGAGUCUGACUGCCAGUGCGGUGUGUAUGCCAGGAGAGGACGAUGUGAAAAGGAGGCCAACAUCCGAGAAAUUGUCUGCCCAUACACCUGCUCCCUCAGAGCCAAUAUAACCUGCGGCGAUCCGAAUCUUCUCUUCCCUCACGCCGUGGCCUCCCGUCAGACGCCCCACUGGAUGGACACGAUAUCUUUCAAAUGCGAACCAGGCUAUAUGAAUAUGGGCAACCCUCCAUGGAUAGCCUGUAACAUCAAGGGGGAGAUGGUUUUGUAUUUUAGGGACAAUGUGCCUCACUGUGUCCCGGAAAAGAUAUACGACCAAUUCCGAUACUCUCCACAGGCAAUCUUUCUGCAGAUCAUAGAGUCUUUCCCUGCUAAAUCAGGCUUCUAUUGCGCUAUUGCCUGCAGAGAGUCGUCAGUAUGUACCCACUUCAUCUUUGAGAGCAACACGUGUGACAUAUGCAAGAUUCCUAGGUGGAAAACCGGAGGAUACAACUUGUCCGGAAGGAAACUCUGGCAGAAAGUGUUACCAACAGAGUAUCCUCGUGACUUUCGAAUGCCCUAAUACUUUUCCUACAAUCGCCAGCGGUGUAAAUGGUGUAUAUCCAGAUAGGGUCUAUGUAGGUAGCAAAAGAAAUGUAAGUCCCCAUGGUUCCUAGUAUGGUCAUCUACCUUCAGUUGUUGGCGAUCUAUAGCCCGUGUGUUAUCCUGUAUUGUCUUUUAUAAUUUGAAUUUUGUAACUUUGCUCGAUAGUUUCAUAUUCACAUCUGUGAUUCUCUAGUAUUUUACUGUCCAUCGUCGACAGGUUUUAAUCCUCCAAAUGUUUUCACUUUUUAUUGUAUAAAUUGUUUUCG